AACUAGGGUGGUCAUAUAGACAUGCUCUUUGGCUCAUUAUUUAUACAGACGAAAUAAAAUUAAAAAGCUUUCAAUCGCUUGAAUAAUUUCCUGAUAAAUGUAUAUAACACUGGGGAAAUUCGUGUUAUAGAAACCGGAACUUUCAAAGUAAAUCAGGCAGCUAUCAGCAACUGAGUAAUCGCUUUAGUAUCGUACAGUUUCCUCUGGAUCUUUUCACCGGAAACUCGAUGUCGCAACUUCCUUCUUUUAAAACGUGCGUUUGUGUGUGGAAGGGCGAAGCUACAGUUGUACGUGAUUAGUAACUCAAAAUAUAAAAUAUGCGCAUUGAGAAGUGUUAUUUCUGCUCCGGACCGGUAUAUCCCGGACAUGGGAUGAUGUUUGUACGGAACGACUGCAAGGUGUUCCGGUUCUGCAAAUCAAAAUGUCACAAAAACUUCAAGAAGAAGCGUAACCCAAGGAAGACCAGGUGGACUAAAGCUUUCAGAAAGGCCGCCGGCAAGGAGUUGACAGUAGAUAACUCUCUUGAGUUUGAGAAGCGCAGAAAUAUUCCACUGAAAUACCAGAGGCUGUUGUGGAACAAGACGGUGGAAGCAAUGAAGAAGGUGGAAGAAAUUAAACAGAAGCGACAGGCCCGGUUUAUCAUGAACAGACUGAAGAAGGGCAAACAGUUGGAGAAGGAAGAGGCGAUCAACGAAGUGAAGAAGAACAUUCACCUAAUCAAAGCCCCACACGCAGGAAAAGCCAAGAAGCUGGAAGAGAAGAUGGUGGAAAAAUUACAGGAAGACAUAGAAAUGGGUGACGAUUAGCUGCUUUCUGUGGCUCAGCAGUCAGUUGAAAUAUGGUCAUCUGAAGAAAAAAAAAAAAACCAUUCAGCUCUUUAAAGACUUGAAAAACAGAAACUGUUUCCCCUGUCAGUGAGAGUUCUAAAGGACGCAGAGGUAAAAAGGACUCAUCCCAAUCUGGUGAUCCACUGAAAAUCAGUGGAAGUUGCAUCAGUUUCCAGAUGUGCUAUUUUUAAGCAUAAACAGUUGUUUGUGCUAUGAACCCUCAUCCGUGCACAACAGUGGUAAAUUUUGGGUUGCGCAUAAUAAAAAUCUUUAUCUGUGUAAACAAA